AUUGCACCUCUUACAAUCGCACUCCUCAAAGCAUAUACUCAUUCACAUAUAAACUGAUUGAAGUGAGAGAAAAGAAAGUAAGAAAGUGAGAGAAAAUAAACAAAAUGGAAAACUUUCCAAUUGUUGACAUGGGGAAGCUUAACACAGAAGAGAGAAAAGCAACCUUGGAUAAGAUGAAAGAUGCUUGUGAGAACUGGGGUUUCUUUGAGUUGGUGAACCAUGGUAUAUCUAUUGAGUUGAUGGACACAGUGGAGAAGCUGACAAAAGAACACUACAAGAAGUGUAUGGAACAAAGAUUCAAAGAAAUGGUUGAAAGCAAAGGUUUGGAGUAUGUUCAGUCAGAAAUAAAUGAUUUGGAUUGGGAAAGCACUUUCUUUUUGCGCCAUCUUCCUGUUUCUAACAUUUCAGAGAUCCCAGAUCUUGAUCAAGAUUACAGGAAGGUAAUGAAGGAAUUUGCAGUGAAAUUGGAGAAAUUAGCUGAGGAACUACUUGACUACUUGUGUGAGAAUCUUGGACUUGAGAAAGGGUACUUGAAGAAAGUGUUUUAUGGAUCAAAGGGUCCAAAUUUUGGGACAAAAGUUAGUAACUACCCUCCUUGUCCUAAGCCUGAACUCAUCAAAGGACUUAGAGCCCACACAGAUGCUGGUGGCAUCAUACUACUCUUCCAAGAUGACAAAGUUAGUGGAUUGCAGCUCCUCAAGGAUGAUAAGUGGAUUGAUGUUCCACCAAUGCGUCACUCUAUUGUCAUCAACCUUGGUGAUCAACUUGAGGUGAUAACCAAUGGGAAGUACAAGAGUGUGAUGCACAGAGUAAUUGCUCAAACAGAUGGUGCUAGAAUGUCCUUAGCUUCAUUCUACAAUCCAGGGGAUGAUGCUUUAAUCUCUCCAGCACCAACCUUAGUAAAGGAAAAUGAAACAAGUGAAAUCUACCCAAAAUUUGUCUUUGAUGAUUACAUGAAGCUCUAUGUUGGUCUCAAAUUCCAAGCUAAAGAGCCUAGAUUUGAAGCUAUGAAGGCCUUAUCAAGUGUUGAUGUGGGACCCGUAGUGACAGUCUAAGUUGUUGCUGAGCAUAUGAAAAAGCAUAUUAGAAUAUUAAUUAUAUAUGCUUAUGCUAAUAAGCUGAGUUUAUGUGUGUGUGUGUGAUAAUUGGUUUGGGAGCUUAAGAUUGUGCAGUCUAAAUGUUAGUUUAUAUUAAAAUAAAGUAUGAUUAUUAGCUCGAUCUUAGAUUGUGUGUGGAUCACUAAUCAGUGAUGUUGUCUGUGAUGAUUAACUGAUUAAGUUAUGUAAUGUGAUGUAGUACUGUUCUAUAAAGCAAAACAAUUAAGGAGCUGUCUUUUAUGAUUCCUCUUUGGCU